UCUUCAUAUAAAAAGGGGUGGAAUCCAACACAAAAUGAUAUACGAAGUACUUCGUUUUCCGACUUCACAAAAUCUUGACUCUGUUUUCCCCCAUACUCUCCCAGUCUCCUUACCACUUCCGUCUUACAGGUAGUAACUAAGUACUCUUCCCUAUGGAUGCCUUGGUAGUUGUUGGGGGAAUUCUCACCCUUUUGACCCUCUUAGCCGAGGUUCCCAGAUUUGGUGAAAGAAAACGGGUUUUACAGGGUAAAUUUGAGUACCUAAGAGCCAGAUUAGAUGACAUAGAGAACAUUGAAAGACCAUUAUUCUCUAUUCCAGUUCAAAGAACCAAGAAGAGAAAGCGAGACAAUGAGAUUCAUGUUUGGGUAGCUGAGAGUCGGGAGCUUUUGAAGGUGGCGGAAAACUUGCUAACUCAAAUUGAAGAAUGUAAGAGCUUCAUAUCUAGAGCAAAGAAGAGAAAGGUUCUUGAAAAUGUGGUUGAUGCACUUACAGUCCAUGACAAGAAGGGCGAUGUGCUUAACACGCGCCCCUUGUCUGAUGAACAAGUCCUUCAUCGCGGUAAUCAUUUGCCAGUGCAGGAGAUAAUGGGGCAAACCACAUUGAACACUCUGGAGGAAAUUGAGUGUCUAUUGCAGAAUUGUGAGGUUGAACGGGUUGCUAUUCGUGGGAGAGAAGGAAUUGGUAAGACCUUUUUGAUGAAACACUUGCAUAACUGUGUUUUAAAAUGGGUUGAGAGGUUUGAUUAUGUUUUCUGGGUUACUUCCCCUGAAAAGUUCAGUAUCAAGCAUGUGCAAGAUGCUGUUGCUGCUGUGUUAAAGUGUGAUAUUUCUAGUGAUGAUGAUUUGAGAAUAAGGGGUGGAAUACUGUCAAAUAAGCUUGCUAGUUUAGGCAGUUUUGUUCUUUUCUUAGAUGGUGUACCAAAUGCAAAUUUUUCCUUGGAUGAAAUAGGAAUCACAGUCCCAACAAAUGGGAGUGAGUGUAAACUGGUAUUAACUACUAACUCCACCUCAUGGUGCAGGAUUUUGGAUGGUUUUGAAACAGUUGAAGUAGAUUGUCUUUCAGAAAACGAAGCAUUCGAGUUGUUUCUGAAUGAAGCAAAAAUUGACACAAAAUCUGUUACUUUGCUUAAUAACAUUCCUAGAUUGCUUGCUGAGAGGUGUGGUGGAGUUCCCCGGAUGAUUGUGAAUUUGGCUACUCGUAUGUGUGGCAUUGAAGACCUUCAUGAAUGGAGAUAUGCAUUGUUUGAACCAGGGGUGUGACAAUGAAGAAGAAUGUAAUGUUGCAUUCUCAAGCGAGGCAACUUCUUGCUGCCCCCCAAGGUUAUUUUAAGGAGGAAGUUAAUUGAAGCAUACAUGUAAAUAGUAACAUGAACUUAGGAAUCAUUCAGAUCAAAUAAAUGUCUUGAGAGUUGUAUGGUAGCUUCCUCUUCCUCGGCUCCCAUGAUGUCUCCAAUGUUAGUCUCCAUUGUUGUUGAUGAGUAUGUAAAUAGUUAAGUAGGGGUGAGCACAACGGGGUAACAUGUCAAAAUUUCCGUAGAGCGGAUCAGCGGAACAUGAAAAUUGGAAACGAAACAUGUUGCAACGGGUUUUGGAAAUGAGAAAUGAAACUGAAACUGUUGCAACAUGUUCUGACUAAGGGUACCUGUCAGCCUGUCACUGUAUGAAUUUGGGUUUUAAUUGUUAUUAUGUAUUUAUAUUUUCAAAAAAAUGAGCUUGAAUUAAUUUAUUUUUUGGGCUGAUAUAGCAUUUAA